CACAUCCUCAGUGAUAGUUUGUAAUGCAAAGCCUCAAGCCUCACUUUCGAUUCUACUGCCGACCCGGACGGACGCAUAUCCCUCAAGAUGCCACCUACUAUUCUCAAAAGGCGUCAUGACCUUAGAAACAAAAACGUAACAUUGAAAUUGAUGAAAAAAUUCAAAGAUCUUAAAGUGAGCCAAAGAAUGGAGUAUGCAAGAUUUAAGUCCAAUGAAAGGAUAGAAGAAAUGUCUGUAGAAGACUUAAGAAGACAUCUGAAAAAUCUACUAGAUGAUGACGCGGAUUUACUGCUUGACUUGGCGGGAGCGCCUGUAUGUGAAGACUCACUGAGGAAACUGGCACAUGUUGCCAUUCUCUUGGCCAAUGAGAUUGGUCAACCACAAGGCCAUGAUCUCCAAGACAAAGAGGACACGGAGGAGGAGGAUGACGAACAGGGGCCGUCGACGAGCAAAAGAAAGAGGACAACUCUAAAACAGAGGAUUGAAAACCUAGAGAAAGUCAAAGAGGACACCGUAAAGGACCUUAAGGAAAAGGGCGUUGUGGAAAUUCAUAACCUUCCACCAUUAUCAGCGCCAGAAUGGGAGAUGAAUGUUAAUUUUAACCCAUUUGCUGCUUUGAAAGAUGUAAGGACGCAUCCAACUUGGGUGACAUUAAACAAGGACAAGCCCACACCUGCAGUCCGCUCCAACCCCUCAAAAGAUUUAAAGAACAGUAUUCCAACUAAUCUUGGAAGUUUACCCUUACGUGACCCAGAUAAUUUCGUAGCAGGGGGCCUUAAUGCAUGUAAAGAUGAGUGGUUAAAGCUUCCGAAACAUUUACCGGAAAACGUCGUAAGGUGGAUAUCAGAAGGUGUAAAUGUGCAAGAUUUCUUUCAAACCUUCAAGGGAAAUUUCAAAGGGAAAGCUUAUAAUUCUGCAGAACCCCCCAGAGCCUUUUUCAACAAUUCCACAACCUGUAAAAAUUACUUAGAAUUUAUAUCAAGAGAAAUUCUGAAUCGGUUGCAAUCGGGUUCGAUUCGUCUUUGGGGAAAACUGGGUGAGUGUGAAUUGCCGAAAGUAGUCAUGCCGUUAACCAUAGAACCUAGCAAACCAAGACUGUGUCAUGACGAACGAUAUCUAAAUCUUUGGAUAAAAGAUUGCCCAUUUCAAUUAGAAAAUCUUAAACAUGUUCCCCGCCUCGUUGAAAAAGAUGUUCUUAUGGUCGCAUGCGAUGAGAAGUCUGGUUGUGACCACGUCAGGCUAACACAGGGCUCAGAAACUUACUUCGGUUUCCAGUUUGGUGGUUGGGUAUUUACAUAUUCCGUAAUACCUUUUGGGUGGAAAGCUUCCGCUUUUGUUUACCAAACUAUUGGCAUGCAAGUAACUACGUUUUUGAGGGAAUUGGGCAUAAUCACUUUGCAGUACAUAGAUGAUCGUUUAUUAGUGGCUUCUAACAGAAUGGGCUCAUUUGAAAGUGAUAUAAGCAAAGUCAGUUUUGAAAUGUUAGAACUCUUAACCCGUCUAGGGUAUACAUUGUCUUUGAAAAAAAGUAGGCUUUUUCCGUCUACAGAAUUGAAAUUUCUCGGUUUCAUUGUCGAUUCCGCCAAGCAGGCUUUCAUCUUACCGUGCGAUAAAAAACAUUCAUUUAUAACGCUCAGAAACCAUAUCUUAAAUUCUGAGACAGUCGAUGUCAAAACUUUGCAGAAAUUUGCAGGAAAAUGCGUAUCGAUGAAUUUAGUCGUGCCAGCUGCUAGGUUGUACUGCCGGGAGGUCAAUGCAGCUAUAUCGCGUGGUCUAAAGAACUCUCGUCUAAUUCCAAUUACAGGUGACCUUAAACGAGAAAUAGAGCAUUGGAAUUUUAUAGACAACUGGGACACAUAUGUGCCAUGGCGACGAGAACUGCAUAAGCAAAUUACACUCGCCACAGACGCGUCUCUUUUCAAAUACGGGGUUUCGGUCAUGUCAGCGGAGCAAGAAACAUUAACCUUUGGCGAUUUCUGGGAUAGCAAUGAUAAACGACCGAUUCACCUCAAAGAGGCUGAAGCACUGAUAAAGGCGCUCCAAUCGUUGGACAGCGCUGUUCACAAUCACCGGGUCGACAUAAUGACAGAUAAUACCUCCGUCAUUGCCGCGUGGGAAAACCAGGGGGCCCGUAACAAACCUCUCAACGAUAUAAUGAAAUCAUUGUUUACGCUAACUUACAAUCAUAAUAUUGACUUGCAUCUCACUUAUAUUGCCUCAAAUCAGAAUAAAGCAGAUGCGCCAUCCCGCUCGAUUUCUUUAACGGACUCAAAACUUAGUGACAAAUCAUGGGCAUUAGUGGAAAUGGCUUUCGGACCACAUACGGUAGAUCUUAUGUCAUUAGAUUCCAAUGCAAUGAAAACACCCGAAGGUGUUCCUUUGAGACAUUUUACACCCUCACCAUCACCUUUUUCAGCGGGUGUGAAUGUUUUUGCACAGGAUAUUAUAAAGGAAGAAAACCCCUAUGUCAAUCCCCCAUUUAAUAUUAUUCUUCCUUUAUUAAAAUUUCUAAAAGACCAGCACGCUGAAGUAAUUAAUCUAGAGCAGAUUGAUGAAAGACUAUCUACACUUCAUAAUCAGAACAUCAAUUCACCACACCAGAAGAAAAAGUCCUCCCUGGCCAGUACUUAA